AUGGCGCCCGAAGACGAUUCAGAAGUUCCCGAAACUGGGGCAGUAUUUACAUUUGGGAAGAGUAAGUUUGCCGAAAAUGUCCCAAACAAAUUCUGGGUGCGAAAUGAUAAAGUUUUUCUCACAGCCUGUGGCGACGAACACACAGCCCUUGUGGCAGAAAGUGGACGUAUAUUUACAUUUGGGAGCAAUGAUUGGGGCCAGUUGGGACUGGGUCACACAAAACCAGCUACUAAACCCAGCUGUGUUAAAUCUCUCAAGCAUGAAAAAGUGAAAUUAGCGGCGUGUGGGAGAACACAUACAAUUGUAGCUACAGAAUCAGGGUUGCUUUACUCAUUUGGGGCUAACAGUGAACACCAGUUGGGAGUGGAUGAUGUGCCAGGAACGAAUGACCCUAAAAGAAUAGACACACUAGAACCUACAAAGUACAAGAUGUUAGCAGCAGGGGCAGACCACUCAAUGGCACUAACAGCGGAGGGCCGUGUAUUGGUGUGGGGGUCAGGCAGUGAAGGCCAGCUGGGGCUGGGUGCAGAGACAGAGUGCCCCAAACCCAAAUGGCUACUCUUUGACAAACGGGUGGUGUGUAUCGCCUGUGGCUAUUACCAUUCAGCACUGGUUACAGAAGACGGUGAGCUGUACACAUUUGGGGAGAGUGAGGGAGGGAAGUUAGGGCUGGGGGAGGACCCAGAUGAAUAUGACACCCCACAGCACGUUAGUACCAUCUCCGAGAGGGUCAAGUGGGUGUCGUGUGGGGGGUCACAUACUGUCGCUGUCACAGAAAAUGGCAAGGUGUACACAUUUGGAAAUGGUGCUAACGGUCAGCUAGGGCAUGGUACUAUGGUUCUGGAGUUGUCCCUACCCCAGAUGCUUACCUCCCCUGAAUUCAAGGUGGCGUACUCAUCGUGUGGAGAGAACCAUACAGCGCUAGUCACAGAGAAAGGUCACUUGUAUUCAUUUGGAGAUGGCAGACAUGGAAAACUUGCCCUGGGUAUGGAGAGUUUUGCAAACCAGUUCAAACCCUGUAGAGUGAAGAGGUUUGAGAAGCUUUUUGUGGAAAAGGUAUCGUGUGGAGGCUGUCACAUGUUAGCCCUGGCACACCCGAAGUUGCAGAAUGGUAACACAGUCAGUGAUGAAGAUGAUGAGGAGGAAGAGGAAACGGAGUUGAAAAAAUCACCCAGAAUCGACAACCUGAAAGCCGACUCGCUUGACCUGAAUGGCAGUAUAUCAGCCAGGGAUAGGCGACGACAGAUUAGUCCUAUGCCAUCAUUUAAUCGCACUCUUCCAACUCUUGCCUCCAUGAAAAGUCUACCACCCCUAAACUCUACGUUACCCACCAUGGGCAAUGGUCCAAACUCCAACGAUCCUCUCAGCAAGUCUUUACUACCUCACAUUGAUAUAAGCAAGGAUAAAGGUCUAAAGAGACAACAGCAAACAGAACAGGUAGAAUCUGACAGUGAUGAAGAUGGUGGAGUCAAUGACUCUAUUCAGAAGGUGACCACAGCAGAUGUGCACAGCGCUCCCAGGUCACAGCCUAAACCACUGCCCAGGAGAAGGCUGGAUCAGAAGAGAGGUUCUGAAGACAGCAGGGCUAAUUCUGACAUCAGGGAGAAUGGAGAGGAUGGCCAUUCCAGUGAUAAGGACACGGUAGAAACUCCAAUACCUUCACCCAGAUCUGACAGAGGCAAGAAGGAUGAUGAUGGUGAUGACGAAACCAAGAAAAAGGAUGAAAAGAAGAAAGACAAGGAGGAAUUAGAGGAGUUGUCGGAAGAUGAAGAGGAGGAGGAGGAGGAGGAAAGGGAACAGAAAAGCAAAGAGAAGGACAAGAAGAAAAAGAAGAAAGAGAAAAAGAAAAAAGACAAAAAGAAAACAGGUGGCAUUUUUGGAAGGAAAAAAAUAGAAUCUGAAGAUGAGGAAGAAGACGAAGAUGAAGAGGAGGAGGAUGAAGAAGAAGAGGAAAAGAAGGAUAAGAAGAAGGAAAAUGGAAAACAAAAAGAGAAAGAUAAAAAGGACAAGAAAGAGAAGAAGGGAAAAGUCAAAGUUGAUGAAGAUGAAGAAGAGGAUGAAAAAGAUGAGGAUGAAGAAGAGGAUGAUAAAGCCAAAAAGAAGAAAGACAAAAAGAAGGACAAAGGGAAGGAUAAAAAGAAAAAUAAGAAGAAAGAGGAAGAGGAAGAUGAAGAAGAUGAAGAGGAUGACAACGAUGUGAAAAAGAAGAAAGAUAAGGAUAAGAAGGAUAAGAAAUCAAAGGACAAAAAGGAUAAAGAUAAGGAUAAAGACAAAAAGGAUAAGGACAAAAAGAACAAGGUGAAGGAUAAAAAGGAUAAGGAAAAGAAGGAUGAAGACAAGAAGAAUAAGGAUGAAGAUCAAGAAGAUGAAGAAGAGGAAGGUGACAAAGACAACGAUGACAAAGACAAUGAAGAACACAAGAAGGAUAUGAAGGAAGAAAACAAAGAUGAUAAGGAUAAGAAGCAAGAAGAAGAAAAGAAACCAGUGAAGAAGUCUCGGACCUGUACCAUAUUGUGAUCCAGCGUGCCUCCAGUAUGUGCCUCUAGACCUGCCAGCAACCGUGAGCUGCUGCUAUGUGGUAUUGGAGAUCAUUGAAGAAACCGUCCAGUUUACAUGUAAUGAUAAUGUACAUGUAUAUGUCUUUGCAAGUAUAUCAGUAAUAUAUUUUUCAGUUGGUAGUAUUUAUUUAAGCCUUGUACAUGGAGCACAUGUUUGCUAGGACUUACAAUGUACACUUCAUGUGUAUAUAUACUACUUCAGUUGCUCAGUUAUGCGUUCAGUUGUUUUUAGAUCCUUUGUUAUUUUAGGUUUUUUUUGAUUGAUGGUUUAUGCAUGCUUGUUAUAAAAUGAUUUUGAAGGUAUACAAUUACCAGACUAUUGUCACAUUUUUAACCUGCAGAUUUCUGUUCUUUUCUGACCUUUUUUGCUGUCACUGUAAGCUGUUUUGGAUCUGAUGUGAUGCCUUUAUUUUGAUCUGUUGAAUUCACAUUUAACAUAUACUUUAUUUAGUAACUAGACACAUUAUACAAAUAUUUUGUCUGAUAGCAUAUACUUCAAUAAUUGUAAAAACCUGGGGAUGGCCAUGAGUUUCCCCAACCUUGGUUUCUUCCCAACUUGAGUAAGGUUUAAAACACCAGUCUAAUAAGUAAAUAUGUCAAUAGUUUAAAAAAAAAGCUACACUUUUCUAAUUCCAAAUUUGACAUUAUAACUAAUUAGAUCACCUGUUCACUUACUAAAGUUUCAUUUUAUAACUUUGGCUUUUUCAUAUACAAAAUUCUGAAGAAUAUGCAUUUCAGUUUAAACAGUCUCUCAUAAAUUAACCUUUAUUUUCUGAGUGAUUUUUGUAAACGUAUAACAUGCAGUCAGUGGGAAGGGCUAAAAAGUGAACCUAGGCCAUAGUCAUGAUGGUGGUGUUUUCAACCUCUACAUACGUAUACCAGUAAGCUAAUACAUGUGUUUCAGAGUUGUAACAGAGUGGCCUCCCUUUAGAACAGAGCGUGUGGAGCUAAUCUGUUUAGUUUAGCAUUGGACAAUAUAUACAAUGACAGAAACUACUGUAUUUCACCUUAAGUUUAGCAUUUUUAAAGUCACACAUUUGCUUGAAUCUUAUUGAUCCAUCCACCACUUUAGAGUUUUAAUGUAGGUUGAUUAAUUCCUUCCCAGAAAAACAUAUUAAGUUGGUAUCAUAAUAAAGUGUCAUUUUUAUGGGCUUUAUGUGCUUCUGAAAGUGUAGCUUUACAUACAGCAUUUAGGUGAAAUACAGUAUUGGUUUCAGUUUUUGUUUAGAAUUGUUAGUUUAAUUGGCAUUUUCAGGCUUUUUUUUUCAGGCAAAAGUAACACUGUUGCAGGGAGGUUGAUAAUCUUUCAGCAUUUACACCAAUGGUUUACCCAUCUGGCUGUUGGUUGUUGACAUACAUCAGGACUCCUUAGUUUAGACUGGGGGUUUUGGUUUUGUCAUCUUGCCUGACAAAUUCUUAUUGAUUGACAUAUUGUCUCUUAUCACUUCGCUUUUCAUGAGGUUAUAUAUAUAUUUUUAUGAAAGUGUAGAAAUCAUACACGUCAUCAUAUUUUGUGAGAAAUGUUUUGAUUGAAAUUGUUUCUCAUAUUUGUCUUUGCCUGAUUUACUAAUCAUAGAUCACCCGUUGCCUAAUAAUAAUAAUAAUAAUGAGACAAAAUUAUUUUGACAAUUCUGCAUUCAUUCAACUUCCUCAGAAAUCAGCUUUCUUAAGCAUUUUAACAUUUGUUAGUUGCAUACAUACAGAUUUUGAAAAAGUGCCUAUCUUGUUUUGACAGUUUGAUUAUUAAUCAUAUUCCAGUAGUAUUUGGUGUCAUUGUGGUAUUUGUGGUUAAAACCGCAGAUAGUUAAAAAUAUUCCUUCGUACUUAGCCCAUGUCCAUUCUAUAUCAUAAGGCUAUGAAUUGUGUCUGCAUUAAGACACUGGUGUCAAGUUGAGAAAGCAUGCUUCAUAAACUGGAAUCAAGCUCUGUGGUGAAACCAGUUGAUUGAAUCCCUUUACAUGAAUCUUGGGGCCGGUUUCAUGAAGCUCACUAAGCUAAGUAUGCUCUUAACUACGAUGACAACAUAUGUUGUGGAGAGAUAAAGUGCACUUAGCUAAGUGCUAAUUAACACUAAGCAUGCUUCAUGAAACUGACCCUAGGUUGAUUAUGUACUGAUAUAUUUGCAUUUUACUGAUAGGUCUAUUCACUGAAAAUCUUACAUGCUUAUAACAGCACAUGAAUUGAUCACCUCUGGUCUCACUGAAGUCAGAUAUAGCAAUGACUCCCCAGACUGACUUGCCCCUGAUUGGAUGUGAAGAACACCUACAUUGUACUCUAUAAUACAUGUAUGUUGUCUGCACUUCGUCUCAGCAGAUUCUUACUGUUUUGUUUUUGGAAUACGACUCUGAUUCAGAUUUGUACUAAGGGUUGACCUUUCUCACCAAUUAGGGGAGGCCCAACUGCAAAGGUUUAAAUUUUUGUAAAAUUUCAUGUAAACAGUCUUUCCCGGUCAAUAUAUAAGUUUGUGGAAGUUGUCUUUGUGAUAAUAAUUCAUUAGGUAUUUUCAAUGCUAGCUCAUAUUACCCAGCAUUCAUGUUUAACAAAAAUGUAACCGUUUCUGGGACGACAUUGACUGUUGUAUGAGCGAACUAGGGCAGCGUAAAUGUAAUGAUGUUUCAAAAUCCAAGGGAAGCAAGGCAUGGCGUGUUGAGGAAAUUGUAGACUGUCCUGAUAUGUGUAAUUCAGGUAUGGCUGAACAUAGGCUCUACAUUGCGUACAGAUAUGCAAAAUAUUACAAUAAUGCAACACACUCAUUUACUCUGAUGACUAAAAUGUUUCACUUCAAAUACCUACAGUUCACCUUUAGGUCUGAGAUCAGUUGGCCAUGUUCCCAGUGUAACCUCCACAUGAACUGAAUAUCCGAAAGCCGUGCUGGGAAGAAUGAAAGUUACUGUAGUUAAUAUAACCACAGGUGGAUAUUUAGAUAUCGGGAGUGACAAGUCAGCGCAGCUUCUGGCUAUCAGACCUGAUAUUGAACUGGUGUUCUAGAAGCAGUUACCGUUGUAUUGUAGGUUUAUGUAAGUUAAUACUUUGAUCCCUCAGAUUUGUUGCAAUUUGACAUAUGCUUAAGUACAGUUUAUGCAUCUUUCUCACUCACCUUGAAGACAAAUCAGUAGGUUUUUAAACAAGUAAACAAGUUUACUGUAAAUUGAUUAUACGAACAAUCUUGUUGCAUCCUUUACAUGCUUCUAACCGGGCACUGUUACUUUGUUUAUUGUAUUAACUUUCUGGUUGUUACUAAUACGAAGGCAUAAUACUUUAUGUUGUUAAACUGAAUGUUAAAUAAGGACUAUUCAACAUUUUGAUGCUUGUUGCUAGUGUAACUAUUAAUAGGCAACUCUGUUCUAUCAUUACUUACAAGUAUUGUAGACAUUUAUGUAAACAUUAUGAAUUGAUAGUAAAAUUAAUAAUAACCUUUCUAAACAUUUAUAAGAAUAAAUACAAGUUUUCAUAUGCAAUGACAUAACAGACUUCAUGAUGUUCUGCUUCUGUCAUGGCAUGAUAGCCUUCUGGAUGACAACAUCAUUCCACAGUGCUUGCAAUGACACAGGAAGGUCAAGAAUUAAAAUGUCAAAUGGAGCAGCUGUCGUUUAUUGCAAAGGUCUACAAUUCAGUGUAAUUUGUUCAAAAUAAAUACCCGCAUAUUUGUAAACAUACAGUGUGCAUGAAUUAAGAUGUGACUGAAUAAUUAUCACCGUUAAACAUUGUUGUAAUUUCAUGAAAUUUUUAACCUGUUACAACUGACAUAAUAAUAAUAAGUACUUCCUUUUGAUAUUCCCCUCAUUCUGUUGGAGAAGGAUGCAUUUUUUUGUUAUCCAUCGUUAUUGAAAGUGUUAUAUAUGGUAUGUUAUCUCAUUGUGUUUCAUAUAUGUGUCUUCAUUAUAUGUGUUAACUUUUACAUAAAUUUAAUAGUGAACGAAGCUGUGAUAUGGUUGUUUAUGAAUACUUAAACCAACAAUUAUUAUUAUUAUUAAUUAUGUUAGGUGGGCAUUAUUUGUAAAUGCAUGCGGAUUCGGUGUUGUAGGUGCAGAUGUUUAUCCCAUUACUCAUGUAAUUCAAAUGCUGCCUUACCAGUGAGCGUUGUUUGUAUUUACCGUCCAUAUUCUGAAAUUCUUCCGUUAGUUGUUUGCUGAAAGUAAACGUGAAAUUUUACCAUUGUGAAGUGGCCUGUUGAGACAUCCAUGUGUCAUUUAGUAUAUUCUGUACUGUAUUUUAGUGUAGGGCGUAAUAUUCAUCUAUGUACCACACAAUACACAGGAUGUAUGUUUUGUACAGUGUAUUUAUUUGUACAGUGUAUUUUUUAUACACCAUAAAUGUAUCAUAGUGUAAAAUUGCAGUGUACAUUUGUAUCAUGUACCUUAGGCAGGAUUCUAUCAUACGUGUAUUUCUGAAACUAGUGAUGAGAUUUGAAAAAAAAAGAAAAUUUAACUCUCUAACUCUUGUGUUUGAUUCUGGUUUAUUAUUUAUUUGUUUGUUUUUUGCUCUACUGAAGAAAUUUCCACUUUGACAAUCUGGUCAAAUGAUAACAACACCAACAUUUGUGUUUCCGUAAAAUUGCGGCCAAACCAGAGAGAGCUGUAUUAAAACAUGCAGGGGC